UAUCCAAAACAGAUUGUAUUGACCUUGUCUAUGGGAAGCGUCUGUUAUGGCUAUGAUUUUAGUGUCAUUAGUUCCAUAAUUGGCAUUCCAGCUUGGUAUUCGUACAUGGGUCUCACAGAAGAUAAAUCUCAGACUGCCCUGUACACCCAUUCCAACAACAUGAUCGGAGCGCUCUUUGGACUCUUUUCCGCCGGUGCAAUUUUUGGCGCUCUUUUCGUCGGCUGGAUGUGCGAUGCUUACGGGCGCAAGAAGUCUCUUAUGCUAGCCGCAGUAGUCAACAUCGUUGGUGGUGCGCUCCAGGCUGGUUCUGUCCAUAUUGGAAUGUUUAUUGCGGCACGAUUCGUUACCGGUUUCGCUGCAGCAAUGUUCGUCGCACUGGUACCCAUCUACAUCGCAGAAGUCGCCCCUCCUGCAACGCGAGGACUUUUGGUUGGACAGCAUGGUGCCUUCUUUCUCUUUGGCUACAGCAUGGCUGCUUGGUCAUCUGUUGGUUCCUUCUUUUCUAAGUACCCUCAGUUUCAAUGGCGGUUCCCCUUGUCGCUGCAGAUUCUCUGGCCCUCGCUGGUUCUCAUAUUCAUCAAAGGUUUACCGGAAUCACCUCGAUGGCUUAUUAGCCAUGGACGGGCUGAGGAAGCUUGGGACGUUCUUGGAAGGUUGCAUUACGACCCCAAAGAUGCCUCUCAGUCAUUUGCUCGCGAAGAGUUUCAUCAGAUAACUACACAGUUGGCCGCGGAUCACGCAACCUAUGGCCAUGUAACUAUCCUUGAUCUUUUCCGCAAGCCUCAUUUUGCGAAACGAAUGCUCUGUGCUGCAAUUGUUAUGUUCACUUCUCAAGCUGGUGGAAAUCUUUUAAUAGGUAACAUCAGUAUCCUGUGUAAAGGCCUGGGAUUCAGUGACAGUAUCUCGCUGGUUCUAGGCGCAGGUUAUAUCACCUGGGCAUGCGUAAUGAACUUUGCAAACGCCUCUUACCUCGACCGUCUAGGUCGUGUUCGCUCUCUACAAACAGUCAUUGGUUUCAGCUCUGGAGCAGUGAUGGUAGCCAUCGAAGCUGCGAUUGUUGCGAGAUUCGGGUCAUCGACUAACAAGCCCGCUUUGGCCGCUGGCGUCGCUCUUCUGUUCUUCUACAUCACAACCUACGCAGGAUUCUGUGAUACAACUAUCUACGUUUAUUGCUCAGAAAUAUUCCCAACUCACAUCCGUGCGAAGGGAAUGGCCUGGAGCAUCGCCAUAUUUAUGCUCUCGACUAUUCCAUUCCUCGAAUCUUCUACAACUGGCUUCUCAACCAUUGGUUGGAAGUAUUACAUGGUAUUUGUGUCGCUAGCCGUAGUUUGUUCCAUCGUCAUGUACUUCACCUGCCCAGAGACCAAAGGUCUAUCUCUUGAAGAAAUCAAUGGCCUGUUUGGAGACGAAGUGGCUGUCAACAUUACGAACUUGACGGAGGAACAAAAAGCAGCACUCGAUCAACAAAUUCGCCUCGACCAGCUUAGGGAGAAUGACAACGCCAGCACGGAUUUUACCGACGAUUCAAAAGAAAAGACCCCUAAGGAGCAGUCCAAGAGUGUGCUGGCGGAAGUGUAAUUAGACUCCCCUCAGUAUAAAGAGCGAAGCCCAACCAUAC